UCAUGAAUAUGCAAGCACGGGGGAGAUAUUUAAAGGCGCCGGCGCCACACGCAGAUCCCUGCCCGGCGCCGCCCGCCCGGUUCCGUGCCCUGCGCGAGGCCCGCCUCCUGCACCCGUGUCCAUCACUGCGUGCGGAAGCACUGCCAGCAUGUCUGACAAACUGCCCUACAAAGUCGCCGACAUUGGCCUGGCCGACUGGGGACGCAGGGUCCUGAACAUCGCGGAGAACGAGAUGCCGGGCCUGAUGCGCAUGCGGGAGAUGUACUCAGCCUCCAAGCCACUGAAGGGCUCCCGCAUCGCCGGCUGCCUGCACAUGACUGUGGAGACCGCCGUCCUCAUUGAGACCCUCGUCGCCCUGGGUGCUGAGGUGCGGUGGUCCAGCUGCAACAUCUUUUCCACCCAGGACCAUGCAGCAGCUGCCAUUGCCAAGGCCGGCAUUCCAGUGUACGCCUGGAAGGGUGAGACGGACGAGGAGUACCUGUGGUGCAUCGAGCAGACGCUGUACUUCAAGGAUGGGCCCCUCAACAUGAUUUUGGACGAUGGUGGUGACCUUACCAACCUCAUCCACACCAAAUACCCAGAGCUCCUGGCAGGCAUCCGGGGCAUCUCUGAGGAGACCACAACUGGGGUCCACAAUCUGUACAAGAUGAUGGCCAAUGGGAUCCUGAAGGUGCCUGCCAUCAACGUCAACGACUCCGUCACCAAGAGCAAGUUUGACAACCUCUAUGGCUGCCGGGAGUCCCUCAUAGAUGGCAUCAAACGAGCCACAGACGUGAUGAUCGCGGGCAAGGUGGCAGUGGUAGCAGGCUAUGGCGAUGUGGGCAAGGGCUGUGCCCAGGCCCUGAGGGGUUUCGGGGCCCGUGUCAUCAUCACAGAGAUCGACCCCAUCAACGCACUGCAGGCAGCCAUGGAGGGCUAUGAGGUGACCACCAUGGAUGAGGCCUGUCAGGAGGGCAACAUCUUUGUCACCACCACAGGCUGUGUUGACAUCAUCCUUGGCCGACACUUUGAGCAGAUGCAGGAUGAUGCCAUCGUGUGUAACAUUGGACACUUCGACGUGGAGAUUGAUGUCAAGUGGCUCAACGAGAACGCUGUGGAGAAGGUGAACAUCAAGCCCCAGGUGGACCGCUACCGGCUGAAGAACGGGCGCCGCAUCAUCCUGCUGGCCGAGGGCCGGCUGGUCAACCUGGGUUGUGCCAUGGGCCACCCCAGCUUCGUGAUGAGCAACUCCUUUACCAACCAGGUGCUGGCACAGAUUGAGCUAUGGACCCACCCAGACAAGUACCCUGUCGGGGUUCACUUCCUGCCCAAAAAGCUGGAUGAGGCAGUGGCCGAAGCCCACCUGGCCAAGCUGAACGUGAAGCUGACCAAGCUGACUGAGAAGCAGGCCAAGUACCUGGGCAUGUCCCGUGAUGGCCCCUUCAAGCCUGACCACUACCGCUACUGAGAGCCAGGCCUGCCCUUCAGCUUCCAGCCGCUGCCCUCGCCCAGGCCCUACUUCUCCUCCGCAACAGCAAAUGGCACCAACUUUGCGAUUGGUUUGUCAGUGUCUCCCCCAUCGACUCCCUGGGGCUGGUUACUCAGUCUGUGGCCUCUGCCGUGUCCCUUAACGGUUCCAAGUGUGGCAGGGGGAGUUGAGAGGCCUCUCCUCAAGGGCUGGUCACGAUGGAGGUACAAGAGAGACAUCCACAGGAAACCAUGAGCUAAGGGUCUUGGAACUGCUCACUAAGUCAGUCCUUCUCUAGGCUGGAAGUUGGUAGGGGUGGUCACAAAGCCCAUGUGUUUUAUCAUCUAGGCUUUCACCUGGCCUAUGGACUUAUUCUACCCAUGUGCUUGGUUUACAGGUUAACUAGUCCCUUAGUCCAUGACAGAUGAGAAUGAGCUUUAUUUUUUUAUUUUUUAUUUUUUUGAGACAGAGUCUUGCUCUGUCUCCCAGGCUAGAGUACAGUGGUGU